CAUGAUGCAGGUAAGGCAGUACUGAGCCUUCAAGCAUACUGGGAAAGAAAACAAAGCUGCUUUUCUGACUGAAUUCUAAAAAAAGGUAAAGACUAUAGGCAUUAGAUUCCAAGUUUGUAAUUUAGGAAGCCGUAUCUCUCCCUUUCCUAUUUUUGACAAGACUGAUCUAGUAAUCCUUCCCAAGCCUCACAAGUGUUGGAAUCACAGUGACCUUUGUUCUUGUUAAUUUUUUUAAAGAUUUAUUUUAUUUAUACGUGUACACUGUAGCUGUCUUCAGACACACCAGAGGAGGGCAUCAGAUCUCAUUAUAGAUGGUUGUGAGCCACCAUGUGGUUGCUGGGAAUUGAACUCAGGACCUGUGGAAGAGCAGUCAGUGCUCUUAAAACUGCUGAGCCAUCUCUCCAGCCCCUUGUUAAUUUUUCACAAAGGUGAUACAAGCUGUGUACAUGGGAAGGGCAGGAGUUGGGAAAACCACCUUUUAACUGGUACCUAAUGUGGUUGUGUUGCAAAAUAUCACAUUAACUGUAUAACCAGGCCAGUUCACUUGCCUGCAGAGUUUUGGGUAUGGUAAGACUAUCCUGACAAGAUGUAUUCAGAGACCAUUUGUUAGCCACUAGGUGAAGGCUGAUGCUAUCCUUGCUGCUCAUUAAGAGAGAAUGAUGCUCACAGGACAGAAGUACUUUUCUCUUCUUGCUUAGAAAUCGAAUGAAGGGGUUGGGGAUUUAGCUCAGUGGUAGAGCGCUUGCCUAGCAAGUGCAAGGCCCUGGGUUUGGUCCCCAGCUCCGAAAAAAAGAAAAGGAAAAAAAAAAAAAAAGAAAUCGAAUGAAAACAAAAUAACCCAUCCUUAAAACUGCUUUUAGUCAGCCUUAUUUUUGUCAUAAAAUACAGGCUCUUGAAAGCCCACUGAGUGAAAUGGAUUUUAGAUAGCCGAGUCUUUACCUCAUCCUUUGAUUUUGGUUGAGAAGAGGUAAUAUGAUGAGAUGAGAAAAGCAUCUUCCCUACCCAACCAGCCAUGGGAUGGUCAGGUGAGCUGAAGGUGAGGUAAAGGCUGCUCACUCGUAACAUAAGUCAUGGUCCAGCUAUUAAAUGACUAAGGGGGUUCUAAAACCAGAUAGUGUUUUCUAUACAUUUAUCUUGACCACAAGGGCUGGGUAAGGGUCUGCAGAGACUGCUCUGCUCCUGAUGACUUCGAAAUACAGGUUUAUGUUAGGGUUUCAGUGGAGAAUGCUUUCCUCAGUGCUGGAGACAGAGCUCAAGGCCUUGCCCACAGUAGGCAAGUACUCUAUCCUACCCCUGAACUGCACUCCAUUUGCAAGGGGGAUUUUUUUUUUUUUUUUUUUUUUUUUUGGUGUUCUGGUUCCUUGUUUUGAGUGGGUUACAGGAGAACGAUCUGUUUGAAGUCUUGAGCUCACUGGCAUUCUGCCUUUCCCAUUUUACAUACCGCAAGUUCCCAAGCAACUUAACACUGGCAAACACAGCUAUGAUACACUGUUUGUCUUGACAAUAGUUACCUUGGAAUUUAGGUCUAGUUUUCUAUCUCCACUUCCUCUUUCUUAACUGUGUGUGGCAGGUUGAGUUGGAGGGUUUUAUAAGUCUGUGCUAAUGGUCUGUAGCUGGGAUGAGUGGUCAGGAACUGGUCACUUUGAAUGUGGGAGGGAAGAUAUUCACAACGAGGCUCUCUACCCUCAAGCAGUUCCCUGCCUCUCGGUUGGCAGGCAUGUUAGAUGGCAGAGACCAAGAGUUCAAGACGGUUAAUGGGCAGAUUUUUGUGGACAGAGAUGGUGCUUUAUUUAGUUUCAUUUUAGAUUUCUUGAGAAAUCACGAGCUGCUGUUACCCUCGGACUUCUCAGACCAUCUUAGGCUCCAGAGAGAGGCUCUUUUCUAUGAACUUGACUCUCUUGUUGAUCUCUUAAACCAAUAUCUGCUCCAAUCAGGAUCUGCAAGAUCUGCUGUCAUGGAGGUGCAUUUCCUAAACCGAAAUACUCAAGCCUUCUUCAGAGUGUUCUGCUCUUGCAGCAAGACAAUCGAGAUGCUAACUAGGAGGAUUACAAUGUUUGUAGAGCAGCCCACUGCACUGGCCAGCGAUAGUAAUUCCCCUCAGGUGGCUUUACCUCCACAGAGACCUUCUCACCAUGACCUGCUCUUCCACUGUGGCUCUGAUGGUGCUACUGAGAACCAUGCUGGAGUCAGGUACAUUUCCAUAAAGCCUGAUAAUCGGAAACUGGCCAAUGGAACAAAUGUCUUGGGCCUCCUGAUCGACACUUUAUUAAAGGAAGGCUUUCGUCUGGUCAGCACUAGAGCACCGGCCUCUGGAGACAAAAGUGAAUAUUAUGUCUUUGAAAGGAUAAAGAGCCCUCAAGUCCUUGGGAUCAAUAUAACACCCAGAUCAGAAACUUCCACCAUGCCAGUGUCGUCUCGGAAGUGACACUGCUCUUCUUUGGGAAUUCCAUAUCAGGACAUGUCUGUCAGAUUUGUACUCAGUCGAACUUCAGGUUUCCCUAGCAGUGCUUAAAGCCACACUGCCUGUUCUCUCAAAACAGCACUGUACUUUGUGCUUUGGCAUUUGCUCUUUUCCCCAUGAACUCUCAAAGCUUUUAGAAAUAGGCUCUGGACUUGAACUGUAUCUAAUCCUAGUUUAGUCAUUUAUUAGCUAUGUGACUUAAUUGAGACAUUUAACAUUUCUGUGUUUUAACUUUUAUCUAUUAACUAGGGACAAAAACUAUCUCCCCUUGUAGGGUUAUGAGGGUGGUGGUUAAAGGAGACAAAGUCCUCAUUAUGUUGUCUGGCAUGCGGUAGGCAUUCAGUAACUGUUAUUAAUGAUAAUGAUCAUGACAUUCAGUAACUGUUAUUAAUGAUAAUGAUCAUGGGUCACUUGCUUUCAAACCCAUCUCUUCUCCAGGCCUUGUUUUCUCCCUUGCCUUUUGUUUCUCCGCAGUGUCCGUGCUUUAGGGUUUUAUUGCUGUAAGGAGACACCAUGACCAUGGCAACUCUAAUAAAGGCAAACACUUACUUGGGGCUGGCAGUUUCAGAGGUCUAGUUCAUUUUCAUCACAGUGGUAAACAUGGCAGUAUCCAGACAGACAAGGUGCUGGAAGGGCCAAGAAUUCUACAUCCUGAUCCCUAGGCAACAGAAGGGAACUAUGUGUCACACUGAGCAUAGCUUGAGCAUAGAAGAUCUCAAGUCUGCCUCCCCAGUGACACACUUCCUCCAACAAGGCCAUACCUCCUAAUAGUGCCUACUCUAUAUGGGCCAAGCAUUCAAACAUGAGUCUAUUGGAGGCUACAACUAUUCAAACCACCACAGUGAUUCACCCUUCAUGCAUACAAAGCAAGCCCUCUAUGACUAUGAUUGUACCCCUCAGCAGAUGAUUCUUCUGUAUAGACAUAUAUCACCAUAAAACCAGGUUUUCUUCACUAAUGUAAGUUCUAUGAAAAGUUUAUAAUGCUCCUUAUACAUACAGUAUUGUGCUAAACUUAUAAAUCAUACAGUAUAUACAUUCAGUGAAAAGCUUUGGAACAAUAUUUAAAAUACAUAGAACUUUGUGUUUUAUUUGUAUAAAACACUAGGAUAAGCACCUGAGAGAAAGUAUUUCAUCAAGAGGCUCCUAGUGUUUGCUUAUAGUUGAGUGAAAAGCUGUUGUGUAUAUGCACUUCAAAGUGUGCAAGCCAUUCAAGAACAUAUUUUAAAUAUUUUUCUUAGGUAGGGUUACUAUGAUGAGACAACAUGACCAAAGGUAAAUUGUGGAGGAAAGUUUAUUUGGCUUACACUUUUGUGGGGGUCCCUACAAACAUGAGACUAGCCAUCCAUGUGAGGCAAGGAGAUCCAGUUCAACAUGAUUCAGCGAGUCUGUGUUGGUCCAAACUUGAAUCUGACACCAGGCAGUUUAUUUCGGUCAUCUCUAAGUACAACAUUGGAAAAAAGUUUCCUGGUGAAUGUGGGCCUCAGCUUUUAGUCCACUGUGCAAAUUGAAUAGAUUGCAAUCAUUAGUCAUUAUGUUUGCUCCCUUGACAGCAGCACUUGGUUACCUGACUUAGAACAAUUUCUAAGUUAAAGAAUAAAAGUUCUAAGUUUAAGACAGAAGUUUAACUGUACCAACAAAGCUAUGGUGAACCUUCAGGUCCAGAAAGAAAACCCCAGGGGGUAUGUGCUUCAGCAUAGAUGAUCUCGGAGGUAGCAUCAUGAUGGAUGCUUCUGGUCACAAAGUUCCCUGAGAUGGGGCUCACAUUAAAUACAAUGAAGGGACUUGAGACAACGGGAGACCUCUGAACAAAAAAAAAAAAAAAACCUAUUUGAUGCCCUAUUCCAACACAUUGUGGUGUUACCUGAUCAUUUAACUAGAAUGUCACCCAUUCUGUCUGAUUGGCAUCCUGACUUGUAGAUGUAGUACCUUUCAAUACACAGCUUUCAUAUUCAUGUCAUCAGCUUUGCUAUUGAAACAUGGUGGUGCAAAUCUGCUGAAGCAGAGGGAGUAGGAGGGGAGAAAGAAGGAAAGGCUAAACCAAGGCAAAAUAAGCAUUGAACAGGGGGAAGCCAUAGCCCAGGGGUGGUAGCACACACCUUUAAUCCGGCACAGAGAAGGCAGAGCUCUGUGAGUUCAAGGCCACUCUAGUUUAUAGCAUGAGUUCCAGGACAACCAAAACCACACGGAGAAAUCCUGCCUUGAAAAAAAAUGGGUGGGGUGGGGGGAGAAGAGAAACCAUACCUUAAAAACUGCUUGUGUGGGGGCUGGAGAGAUGGCUCAGAGGUUAAGAGCACUGUCUGCUCUUCCAGAGGUCCUGAGUUCAAUUCCCAGCAACCACAUGGUGGCUCACAGCCAUCUAUAAUCAGGUCUGGUGCCCUCUUCUGGCCUGCAGGCAUACAUGCAGGCAGAAAGCUGUAUGAUGUAUACAUAAUAAAUGUCCUUAAAAAAAAAAAAAAAACUGCUUGUGUAUGCCCAAGAUUGUGGCCAGUCUUGUGGCAUAGUAAUAAAAUCGGGUUGGGGAUUUAGCUCAGUGGUAGAGUGCUUGCCUAGCAAGCGCAAGGCCCUGGGUUCGGUCCCCAGCUCCGAAAAAAAGAAAAACAAAAAAAAAAAAAAAAAACCAAAUUUGUGAAAUCUAGGUUGUGGGAAAGAAAAAAAAAAAAAAACAACCUUUGUAGAGGACCUCAAAAAGUUACAAGAAGUAGAAUACUUUUAGUAAUAUGUAGGUCAGUGACUACAGCAUUGGUCCAAGAGCAAGAGAUAGUCUGGGAUGUUAGCAUCCAUCCUCUCAUUUCUGUGGAACUGGCAGCUUCCUUAAAAAACAAAACAAAACAAACUUGCUAUCCUUUUGUAGACAAGGCUGGCCUCAAACUCAGAAAUCCACCUGCCUGUGAGUAUUAGAAUUAAAGGUGUGUACAACCGCUGCCAGGCUGAAAUUUAUUUUAGUGUAUUAUUUUAGAGAAGGAUGCGUUAGGUGUACUUUUCUUACACUUAACAGGAAAAUGUUAUUUUGGUAAAUUUUUGCAAUGUGUGUGAUUUAACUUGUUGGAUAUAACUGACAUACAUAUAGUGCUGUUUAAUUCUUUGUGGUGUUUGUUGAUAAGACUAUUAAAAUUGUUAAGUAAAAGACAAUAUUCUAUCUCAGUUUAGCAACGACUAGAGCAUGAAAAGUUUAAGAUGCUAUUAACAAGUUCUUAGGGUUGGGGAUUUAGCUCAGUGGUAGAGCGCUUGCCUAGGAAGCGCAAGGCCCUGGGUUCGGUCCCCAGCUCCGGAAAAAAGAAAAAAAAAAAAAAAAAAAAAAGAACAUGUUCUUAGUCACUCACAUUUGCUGAUCACAAUUUUGAGUUUAUAAAUAGAAUUUUCUUUUUAAUGCCAUUAUGAAUUGUACUGGUAAAUGUAGAGGGACAGGGUUUUUUGUCCUGUACAGUAAGUUUCUUCAAUGCUAAGAGUAUUACUUAGCACAAAGUAGAUAUCAAUAAAUAUUUAUUGAACAAAUGACUGCUAUAUAUUGUAUAUUUCCAUGGAUAUAUUUAUUUAUUUAUUUAUUUAUUUAUUUAUUUAUUUAUUUAUUUAUUUUAAGCUCCUGUAACUCUGUAGACCAGGCUGGCCUGAAUUCAAGAGAUUUGCCUGCCUCUGCCUCCCAAUUGCUAGAAUUAAAAAUAUGUGCAAUCAUUGCCCUGUAAAUUGACCAUAAUUUAGAAAUAUGUAUUCCUCACUAGGGAGAGUAUAUUUUCAGAAUGAGCAGAGUCCAUUCAUUAUUUUAGCCUUAUCCCAUCUGGAAACAUUUGUCAUCUCAGUGAGCUCCUUUGUUUCACUGUAUUGAGUGGGCCAGUAACUGGGAUACUGGCAUGAGUCUUUCAGAAAGGGAGGCAGACAUUUUCAUAUACUCACCAAUUAAAUCUUCAUUAAAUUCACUUAUUAUUUAUUUAUUUUUAAAAGAUUUAUUUAUUUUUUUACUUAUAUGAGUACACUGUAGCUGUCUUCAGACACACCAGAAUAGGGCACCAGACCCCAUUACAGAUGGUUGUGAGCCACCAUGUGGUCGCUGGGAAUUGAACUCAGGACCUCUGGAAGAGCAGUCAGUGCUCUUAACCACUGAGCCAUCUCUCCAGUCCCCACUUAUUUUUUAAAUACUUAUUUUUAUUUAUGUGCAUGUAGUGCCCAAGGAGUCAAGAUGGUAUUGAAUUCCCUGGAAUUGACGUCACAGGUAGUUAGUUGUGAGACAUCUAAUGUGGUACACUGGGAACAAAACUUGUGUCCACUGGAAAAGUAGGAAGUGCUUUUAGCCAGUGAAUCAUCUCUCAAACCCCAAAUUAUAUUGUUAUAGGAAAGUGACAAAAAAAUCCAAACCAAACCAAACCAAACCAAACCAAAAAUCACCAAACCAAAGCAAACCAAAAAACCCCUAUCUUGUUCAGUGUCUCAGUUAGGGUUUCUAUUGCUGCAAGGAAACACAAUAACUAAAACCAAGUUGGGAAGAAAGGGUUUACUUAGCGUAUAUUUCCACAUUGCUGUUUAUCACUAAAGGAAGUCAGGACAGAAACUCACACGGCAGGAACUUAGACGCAGAGGCCAUGGAGGAGUGCUGCUGACUGGCUUGCUCCUUGUGGCUUAUUCAGCCUGCUUUCUUAUAAUUCUAUAUUCAGAACCUAAGACCACCAACCCAGUGAUGGCCCAUCCACAAUGGGCUGAGCCCUCCCCACCUGAUCACUAACUGAGAAAAUGCCUUAUAGCUGGAUCUCAUGGAGGCAUUGUGAAACUGUACAGUACAAUUUUGAUUAGUUUGUUUAAAGGAGUGUAAUUCUUCAAGUUGAAUCUUUAGCGCCAAAUUAGAAACUCAAAUUCUUCUUUUUUGGGGGUGGGGAGUCAGGAUAUAUAUCUGAGGUCUCAAACUUGAUACAUGAUUGUGACCAUGACCAUGAAAUGUGUCCAGAUUGUGCUCCUCAAGUGCUGUGCACAAUUAGGCCUGGCUUAUGAGAUGCUGAGCUCAAAUCUCCAGCUCCCUGAAUGGUAGUCACACCCUUAGCAACUGAACUACAUUCCCAGCCUGUACUCUUCAGUUCCAGCACUCAGGACAAGGACCGGGGGACAUCUGGGCUACAGGCCAGCAGGGAUACAUGAGACCCUGUACAGGAUUUAAGUCAGUACAAUUCUUAAAAUUUCUACACAUGCAUUAUACUAUAUAAGAAUUUAUCCUAAGAAAUUAAUAGUACUUUAAGAUGACACUGAAAUACUAGUUUCUAUUAAUGCAUUUAGACAUUUGAAAGUUAAUACUGGGGGUUGGGGAUUUAGCUCAGUGGUAGAGCGCUUGCCUAGCAAGCACAAGGCCCUGGGUUCGGUCCCCACCUCCGAAAAAUAGAAAAGAAAAAAAAAAAGUUAAUACUGAAUGUAAACCUCAGUUAAGUGCUGCAUAAUUCCCUACUAACCAAACUAAAUAUUUUGUCUGAUAAAAAUUUUAAGAGGUUUUAUUUUCCUGUUUGGUGAGUGUUAGAUUUUAUUUAUUUAUGGAGACAGAAUCCUGCUAUGCUUUCAGUUCAAGUACUAAACUUCAGGUGUGCACUAUCAAUACUUAUUAUGUUUUAUCUUUCAUAGAUAUUCUCCAAGGUACAGUGGAGAUAAUUUUUUUGUUUUAAGGAAAAAAAAUAAUGGCCAAGUUAAACAUAAAAUUGCAGAACUGCAUGGUAAUAUUACAUUUUCCAUGUAGCUCCAAGUUGCCCCUUUUGCUUGUAUCAUGUUAUUAUAUUAAAUAUAAAUAAAAUGUUUUUUGGAAGUUGAUCCUUGUUUAAGACUAAAAGUUUCAGGCCAUGACAGAAUCCAAAUUCUCAAAUCUGGUUAAGCUUCAGAUAACCAGCAGCACAGCCAAUUUUCAAGACCACCCUGAACUCUAGGACAGAAAAGUUUAAACUUGUUUACAUUGUUAUUUCCUUGGAAAAGUUACCAAGCCACCCAAGUAUUUCCUUAGCAACCCCCCACCCCCACCCCUGGCUAUGUUUUUAGUUUGGGAAUAAACCCCAGGGUCUUGCACAUAUUACACAAGUACUCUAAGUUACCUCUUCAAGCCACAAAUGACUUACACUGCAUCAUGCCCGUUCCUCUAUUUUCAUGUCCUUCUUUACUAGGAGGAAAUCUUAAACUUCUCAUACAUGUUCACCUAUUAUGCUAGGGAAAUACGUCCUCAUGACAUUAAAACUAGCACAUGUCUUUGAACAAAGUAACUUGUUAGAUCAGUGAAUAAUUGUGUAUGCAUUGCUGAACGAGAAUGGAAGCUACAUUGUAGCUGACGCCUUUAAAAUGAGGUUAAAAAAAGUAACUUGCAGAUUCUUAUGUGUAGAAUCAUCUAAACAAUCUAGUGGAUAUUUGUUGUUUCACUUUGCAUAUUAUUCUGUGGGUUCUUUAAAAACCUCAUCUUACUAUUUCUGUAGUUAUGUUUUCAAUUAUGAGAAAAUAAAUUUAAAAACAGAUAAAAAGUAAAAAACCUAUAAAUGUUUGAUUUGCCUUUUGAAGUUACUGUUAAAGAUUUUGAGUAUUAGGCAUUGAUAUCUACUAUAUCAAGUAUAAGAUAUACUAUAGCAUAUAACCUGUGAAUCUAAAAAAACUGUUAAAAUUACUAUCAGCACUAUAUAUUAUAUACAUAAAAAUAAAGCAGAAUACCUUAAUAGGAUAUUUCAAUAAUCCUUAAUAAAUGGAUUACAAUAGUAAUCUGUAGGUUGAGCAGGACUGCCAUGAAUUAGAGCCUGAGUUAGGACCAGUCCUACAAUAAACAAAAUAGAAGCAGGACGAUCUUUAUUAUUUCCAAAUGCAGGGCAAAUAGGAGUGCUAUGGAUUAAGGCUGGUAAGACCUAGUCUUGGUACUCUGGGUUGGGCAAGCAGGUAAAAGUCAGUAUAGGAAAGCAUCAGGAACAAAUGAAUUUUCUUAAUCAAAAGGAAUUUCCAGUUUCAUCUGGUUUAUAUCUGUAGCUCUGGCCACUCCCAAACUCGAAGAUCUGCAUGCCUCUGCCUCCCAAGUUCCAGGAUUAAAGGUGAGCACCACCAUUUCAGCAAAUAUAUUAAUACUUCAGGUUUUUAACAUUGUUAAAUAUUCUCCUGACCCACACUAAGAUCCCAGAGUACUCAAUACAUUUAAAACCUGUAAUCUUGAGGUGGUAGCAAAACUGGAAUUCCUUUUUUUCUAAGUGUUUUAAUAGUUUUACAAGAACAUCUGGGAGUCAGCUUUAUUCUUCUAAACUUUUCUGAAGGUUUAAAAUAUAUAUAACCAGAUUUUCUUAGCUUUGAAAUAUUAGAGGUAAAUAAGCUUUGUGAACUUUAUCCUACUGUGUCAUCUUUAUGAGAAAUAAAGAACCCUUAUAAGGAUCACUUUAUACAUGAAAUGUUGUUCCACUACGUUCAUGUUCACCUUGUCUCCAGAGAAUGUGAAGCUGGGGACUAUACAUUUCACUUAGCUGAGGACUGAAAGUUCCUACUCCUAGCUACCAAGUUGCCUUUAUUUGGCAAGGCACACUAAUAUUGUUACUAUAUUCUAUUAAAUAACAGAACAUAUUUACGAAUGGAGCAUGGAAUUAAAAGCCCUAAUUACAUCAUUAGUCAUUAAAUGAGCUAAGAUAUCCUGGACUCAAACAUAUUUCAUUAACAGGCUAGUAAGAGAUACAGAAUCAUGAUAUAAUAAAACUAGUUGCAUAUAGGUAAGGAUAGUUUUUUUGAAUCAGUACCCAAGAAAAUGUCUACAGGCUAAGUAGGACUUUCCAUAGAACUUCAAUUUACUGUGAAAGGCAGAAUGAAAGCGGCAAUCAAGUAUUUCUAGAAGCUAACAGGAGGUACUCAGAAUACAUGUUCAGUGUUUGUUUAGUAAGUAGUUUAGCUCAUUAAUGGCAAAGGUAUGUUAUAUUAGGCAAUGAUGAGCUCCCAGAAGGAUGCCAUGUAAUUAAGUGGGAGAAAACCCAUAUACUUUAAUGUCUAGAAAUGAGCAACUAUGAUUUAUAAGUAGCAUAUAUUUAUUGGGGACAAAUGUCAUUUUCUUAGGAAAAGAUUAUGCUGUUGUGGGACCUGACAGUGGGACACUUAGUACCAUUGUGAAGUAUUUAUGACAACCGGUGCUUAACAUUGUCUCAUACAAGUAUACUUUCCAGGCAUUCUUAUCAUCUUCCUUAUUUCUAUUACAAUAGUAAGUACCAGGUAGUGGGAAGACCUGGAUUUUUAACCCUUGAAAGAGCAAAGAUUUUCUUUUUAAAGGUUUAUUAUUUAUUAUAUACAUUGUAGCUGUCUUCAGACACACCAGAAGAGGGCAUCAGAUCUCAUUACAGAUGGUUGUGAGCCACCAUGUGGUUGCUGGGAUUUUAACUCAGGACCUUUGGAAGAGCAGUCGGUGCUCUUAACCACUGAGCCAUCUCUCCAGCACGAGCAAAACUUUUUUAAGGUAAGAAUUCUGAUGUUCACAUUUCAAGAAGCCUUUAAAAUGUUUUCCUAUCUCAUCAAUUCUAAGGUCCUCACGAUGUGGUCAUUACCAUAAUGCACACUCCACAGUUGGUAGAUGGGCUUUUAAGAGUUUACUUGCCUCCCAGAAGCUUACUCACCUCAAUUUUGUCCUUCAGUGCAAUAAAUAAAUAAUUUUCCCCCCUAAAAAGCCUUUGUAGCUCCUCUGGCUGCUCGGUAAGACAUCUGAGUAUUUUAUAUUUCUCCUUUCUUGCAAUACAUUGUUGGUUUACACCCAUUCUCUACAUGUGAUUUAACAUUAGCGAUAUAUAAAAAGAUUUCCAUCACAAACGGUUUGGGAAAACAAAUGUUUAUUAGCAAUAGUUUAAUUUGCAUAAAGAAUUUGUAUGCUAGUUUUUCAGAAUCUUUAUUUACAGAAUUCAAAUUUAAUCAUUCUUUUUAACUACACAGAAACCAAGGCAAUCUGCUAUAAGGAAACAUGCAUUGAAAGAAUUUAGUUUCUUACCAGAAAACAAGUGUCUGAGACGAGGACAUGACUGCUGCAAGGUAUGGUUGAGGACAGGGUUUUUAUUGUAGAUUAUGAAGAAGAGCACAGCCAGGGACAUCUAGAAGAGUUUAGAGUAGAUAGUAUGGCCAGCAGGAUUUAGAAUGGGCUUGGGGUUGGGGGUGCAAAAGACUAGGAUUGAGACCCAAAGAGUUUCAAAUGGCAUGGUUAUAUAGGAAUGAAAAGCUGGGGGAAGGGAGCCCAUGAGUUGGAGAACUUUUGGGUAGGAGUGGGAUAAGAAAAGUUGAGAAGAGGGAGGAUGCCAGCAUGGAUUCUGUAAGAGGUACUUCCUAGGCAGAGGGCUUAGAGGCCAGCAUGCUCUUUUGUAUGCUUGGUUAACAUUGUCUCAUACAAGUAUACUUUCCAGGCAUUCUUAUCAUCUUCCUUAUUUCUAUUACAAUAGUAAGUACCAGGUAGUGGGAAGACCUGGAUUUUUAACCCUUGAAAGAGCAAAGAUUUUCUUUUUAAAGGUUUAUUAUUUAUUAUAUACAUUGUAGCUGUCUUCAGACACACCAGAAGAGGGCAUCAGAUCCCAUACCAUGGUUAGCCAUUUGUUCCCAGCUUCUUUUAGACCUGACACACUGACAACUACUUAAAACCAUUACAAAGUUUUCUGGAGUUUUACCAACAUAGAACUUCAAGAAAAUAUUUAAAACCAUUGCAGAACUCUCUUGAGUUACACCAACAUACCACUUUCUAGAAAGAACAUUUCUGAUUCUAUUUUUCUUUUUCAGAACUCAGGCAGAUCUUAAACCAGUGCUGUUCCCACCACAGAUAUACAAUCUAAAUCAGGCAAAUUAUCAAGUUACAAAACUACAAAUUUCUUGCAAUUGAGACUCCCAAGCAAUCAGAAUCACUAAAUUUAAAAACUUAUGAUAGCUCUUGUUGUGGUUUGCCCUGGAGUUAUCUGUAUUUUGAUAUUAAUUCCACUGUCCCAAGGACAGGUGCCUAGUCAAGUACUCAGAACUCAGGUGACUUCACCAGAACCUUCUCCCCAUUGAAUUUGUAAAAUACAGGUGAGGGGCAGGUACAGGAUAGGAGGCCUGUCAUUGGAGAAGGAAGGAUGGGUGGGAGAGUUUGAAGGAAGAGGAGGAGACUGGAACGGAAAGGAGAGAGCGGGGAGAAGCCAUGGUAGGACAAUGGAGGCAGACGUUAAGAUUCCGAUCUGUAGACUGCACUAGUCUGAGAUCCACCUGUCUCUGCCUCCCAAACACUGGGAUUAAAGGUGUGUGCCACUAUGCAUGUCUGGGUCUUUUCUUGAAGUAGACUCUAACUUGAAGUUUAAGUUUACAAUUGUUUUUUUAAAUUUAGGGCUGGUAAGAUGGCUCAGGGGUAAAGGCAUCUGAUGCCAAGCUUGACAACCUGAGUUUGAUUUCAGGGAUUCAUGUAAGAAGUCGUGCUCUGACUUCUAAUACUGUAGCAUGAGAAACAGAGCAUAUGCGUACCUACUCAUACACACACACACACACACACACACACACACACACACACACACACACACACACACACACACACAGGUUUUAACUAACCUUGCCUCCAUGUGUGGAGGUAGGAGAACAAUUGCAGAAACUGGUUUGCCUCUUCCACCUGUUGGUUCCAUGUUUGUGCAGGCCUGGGGGCAAGUGCCUUUACUUACUGAGCCACCUUGCAAUUGACUUGCUAAAUGACUUAAAAUUUCAAUUACACUCUUGUUUUUGAAGAAAAGAUUUCUUUGGUAGUCCGAUUUUUGGACAAGUGAGGUUUAUUAAUAAAUAUAGUUGCAUACCACGUUCUUGAGUUUUACAUGAACAGUUUUAGAAUCACCAUUAGCAUCAUGAGGGCGAGACAACAUGGGCCUUGUGCAUACUACAAACACUGACUCAAGAAUAUUUUCACACCCCCACCAAACAUAAAUCUCAUCUUGUAUCUUGAUAAACUUAAUGUGGUCACUGAAACACAAACCUUAAGGACUGCCUUUCCCUAAAGUACUUUUCACAGCAUGACGAGGAGUCGGAAGGCAUGAUAAAGGAGGAAGCCCACAGAAGUUUCUACACCCUCAAGCUCAAAUUAAAAUAUUUAGAAAUGUCAUCCUUUAACAUUUGCUUUUAUGUUUUCCACUACUAUUAUAUAAGUGAUAACUUUUAACCCACCAGAUAAACCCUUUUGCUAACAGUUGAGGCUAAGAAGGCUAGGGUGUAGCCUUUUUAAAGCUUACCAAGCAUGUUGCACGCCCUAGGUUUGAUCUCUAGCUACAACAAACCAACAGGAGAGACAGCUCAGCAGUUAAGAGCAUAUCUUGUUCCUGCAGAAGACCCAGGUUUGCGUUCCAGACCAUGUUGUAGCUCACAACUGUCCAUAACUCCAGUGCCAGGGAACCCUGUACUUAAUUCUGACCUCCUAGCACUAGAUACCCAGAUGGUAGAUGGAUAAACAUGAGGAAAACACACACAUAAUAUAAAAUGCAAUCUAAGGGAACAUAAAAACAAGUCCACAUAUGUCUAGAAAAGCAUUAAGGCGAGUAACAUCAAUUGCCUUUGUCUUGGCUUUUGUACUUGAGACUCUCACUUUGUUGCCCAGGCCUCUAAUGAAUUCUAAUUUUAUACUUGAAUAUGCAGUCUUCAGACACACCAGAAGGCAUCAGAUUCCAUUAUAGAUGGGUGUAAGCCACCAUGUGGUUGCUGGGAAUUGAACUCAGGACCUCUGAAAGAGCAGUCAGUGCUCUUAAGAGCUAAGUCAUCUCUCCAGCCCAUGAAUCCUAAUUUUUACACCAGAAUCAGUUUUCACUACAUUAUCCAGUGUUUAUAAAUAAAAACUAAACCAUAUUCUGGCUGGGCAUGGUGGUUAUAUGACAGUACUCUUAGCACUUGGGAAGCAAAGGCAGGUGGAUCUUUAAAAUUCAAGGCUAGCCUGAUCUACAUAGUUUUAGGCCAGCCAGAGCUUAAAAAAACAAAACAAAAAAUUGUCACAACCCUCAAAAUGGAAUUUGUAUUUACUUAGUGUGGUGGUUUGAAUAUGCUUGCCCCAAGAAUUGUAGCCUUGUAGGAGAAAGUGUCACCUUGGGAGUAGGCUAGGAGACUAUCCUAGCUGCCCGGUAGUCAGUCUUCUGUUUGCCUUCAGAACAAGAUAUAGAACUUCUCUAGCACCGUACCUGCCAGGCACUGCCACGCUUCAUGCCUUGAUAAUGGACUGAACCUCUGAACCUGUAAGCCAGUUCCAAUUAAAUGCUGUUCUUUACAAGAGUUCCCUUGGUCAUGAUGACUUUCACAGCAAUGGAAACCCUAAGACACUUCACUUAUAGUUUUCAAAAUGACAAUAUAUUUACCUACCAUUUUCCUCUAAUACUUUCCUUUUGAGGCCUUAAAGGUUGGAAGAAUAAAUGAUAGUACAAUCUGUCGAUUAAGAAUUCAAGAAGAGGGGUUGGGGAUUUAGCUUAGCUCAGUGGUAGAGCGCUUGCCUAGCAAGCACAAGGCCCUGGGUUCAGUCCCCAGCUGGGGGGGGGAGGGGAGAAGAAUUCAAGAAGAGCUACUUGACCCCCAUGGUUCAAUUAGGGAAAACCUGCAAGAAGCUGAGGAGGAGAGCAACCCUAUAAGAGGACCAGCAAUCCUAAGUAACCUGGACCCCUAAGGUCUCUCAGACACUGGAUCACCAACCAGGCAGCAUACAGCAGCUGAUAUGAGGCCCCCAACACAUAUUCAGCAGAGGACUAUUGGGUCUGGGUUCAGUCAGAAAAGAUGCACCUAACCCUAAAGAGACUGGAGGCCCCAGGGAGUUUAGAGGUCUGGUAGGGUGGGGACAUCCUCAUAGAGACAGGGGAAGCAGGGAGGAGGUAUGUGGAACAGUCAGAGGGUAGACUAGAAGGGGAAUAAAAUUUGAAGUGUAAAAAAAAAAAAAAUCAAGAAGUGGCUUAAGUGCUUACAGCAUGGUAUGUUCUUAGCCGAGGAUCAGAGCUCAGUUUGUAAUACCCAUGGCAGGCAGCUCAUAAUGCCUGUAAAUCCCAGUUCCAGGGGGUCCAAUGUCUCUGACUAGUGUGCAGUGUAUGUAUGCAUGCAUGCAUGUAUGUACACAUAUAAACACACUCGCAAAUUUUAAAAUGAAUUGAACUCUUGAAAUCUUUUCAUUCUGCUUUAAAAACCUAACAGCAAAAACAAUUGAAGCUAACUUUAGAAUUAUCUUAUUUUGAAAUUAUUUGCCUAGUACUAAUAGUUAAUUCCCAAUUAUAACUCUUAUAAUUUCUGCACAGUACCUUUCCUUUUUUAUAAAUUUCCAAAGGGGUGACUAUGAGGUAACACAACUACUUCAAAUGACUUUUAAAAAUAUUCAAGAACUUCUCUCUCCUGUUCAAAAACCAAGCAUAUACUAUUUAAAUAAAGACUCUGCUCAUCCUUAAUAAAAUCUCUUAUCCACAGUAAACCAGUGAUAAAUCUAAUGACACUACUUGUAAUAUUUUUUUUUUCGUUUUUCUUUUUUUUUGGAGCUGGGGACCGAACUCAGGGCCUUGUGCCUGCUAGGCAAGCGCUCUACCACUGAGCUAAAUCCCCAACCCCUACUUGUAAUAUUUUAUAACCUCAAUUUACUUAUAAUUUGUUCACUCAUUCACCUACACUUUAAACAGCUGCAUAGAUUAACUUUUGAUACACUUUACAAAUGUUUCAAAAUUUUCUACUAUAAAUAUAAGAAAUCACCAAGAGCUUAUUUACUAAGCUCAAAAGUCUAAAACUGAACUACUGUAGCAGAUUGAACACCAUCUGAGAAAGGUAGGACCUCACUUGGUAAAACAUAAAACAUCACUAUAUGAAUGUUAGGAGACAACGUUUAGGCUAGUGCUUUGUGGUUCUGGAUGUCUUAAUUCUCUAUUUUAAAGUUUAAAAUUUCAUUUAUAUUUCUAAUAUAUUUAAAAGAUUAAUAAUACAUGUAAGUAAAGGAGGCACAAUCAUUGAUAGAAAUGUUAAUAUCUGCAUUAAAAGAUUUAAAAACUAUAUAAAGUUAGUCGUGUCACUUUCCUGUGAUACCAUCUGUUCAUAGAGCAAAAACCCAUCUCAAAACCAAACAAAAUCCACCACAAAUACAGACACCGAGUCGCUCAGCUCAUGGGAGGAAUAGUUAGCUGCUGCUGCUGAAGAAUUACUUGGCACACACGACGGAGAUCUGGCCUAAAACUAAAAUGUACCAGAGACAGGGGACCAACAAGAUGGCAUAUCUAGUGAAGGUACUUGCUGUAUAACUCGGUGACCUGAGUUUGGUCCUUGGAACUCUUUUAAACCCUGAAGGAAAGAACACACAAAGUUUGUCCCCUAAUAGCCACAUGGGACAUGACCAAACAUAAUAAUGAGGUACAUCGUGGAAGAGGCCUUUAAAAAUAAAAAGCUUAGAGUUAAUCAUUUAAAAAAAAAUUGGGGUUGGGGAUUUAGCUCAGUGGUAGAGCACUUGCCUAUCAAGUGCAAGGCCCUGGGUUCGGUCCCCAGCUCCAAAAAAAAGAAAAAAAAAUUGACAACUUAGAAAGGCUGAUGCAUGAUAUACCAAUUGUGGACUUUUAUUCUGCAGGAAAGGGCAGGGUUUUAGAAAAUCAAAUCAGUGGUAUACAUUGAAGGUGAUAAAACAAACAAACAAACACCCCCCCCCCCCAUUGAGAUGCUGCUAAAAAGAGAGAAAUAACCAGGCACUUAAGUACAGCAACAAUUCCAAAACUGGAGGAAUCAAAAGACUGUGGCUGCUUGGGUCCCUGACAAACAUGAACAAAUUCAGUGUUUCUUGGAACCACUUACUUUGACUCUCGCAAAAACGAAUCAAGAGGAAAACAAUUUGAGAGCCAACAAAGCACUAUUAAUAAAAACCUGGUUAAUCACCCAUUUAAACAUUUCCCCCCUUCUCUUAAUGGUCAUGGACGGAGGCUCUUGAGUCAGAAUAAAAACAGUUUCUUCCAUCUGCAAAAGCCAAAAGGCUAAGGAACAUAUAAUUGUUUGGGUUAUCCUAAAGUACUAAGACUGAAUUUUAUAUUAAUGUCUAUCUACAUUACCCUAAAGUACUAAGACCAAAUUUUAUAUUAAACUAAUACAGCAGACUUUUAAAUAUAUUUCAAAUUGUUACUUAUUUGAGUCCCUUCUUUUCUUCUAUCAUUUAAGUCCUGGGGAACUGAACUCAAUCAGGUCACCAGGCUUGGCUUUGCAGGAACCUUUACUAGUGGACUCAUUUCAGUAGCCCCAACUUUUAACAUGUUUACAUUAACUGUAACUCACUCUUGUCUCACAUACUCUGUGCUGUUCCUGUAAACACCCCAAUUGUGUUAGCUUCAAAAUCUUUUACUAUUCAAAUGUUACCUGUGGGAAACAUCCCCCAAACAUACUUUUGAAAGGUAGAGUUGAAAAAAGACUUCCAAAUAGCAAUCGCUACCACUCCCAUCUUGCCACCUUGGUUUUUCCAGAGAACAUAAAACUGUCAUUUGCCCAUCAGUACUGUAAAUUCCAUAAAAGCCAGGGACUUAACUGUUUGAUUUUGUGAUGAUCUUCAGCACUGAACUAUUAGUAAAUCUCUUAUCUCUCACUAUGUAAAUACUACAAAUCUCAAAUAUGCUGUCUAGGCCGACUUAGAGAUCCACUUGCCUCUGCCUUGAGUGUUUCAAUCUCAAUUAAAGGUGUGUGUCACCAUGCCUGGCUGUUUUUGUACUUUUUUUGGCUUAAUUACACAGGGCUGGGUUUACAUGUGGGUACCACAUCUGAUUCCAAAUAUAUUUUUAAAGCUAUCUGACAAAAAAUUUAACAUUUUCAUAUCACUAGAAAAUAUAAAAUUGAUAUAAAAACCUAUAAUUAUUAAAAUUCACAAUUUCUUUAAAGAUUUACAUUUUCUCUUUAUUUCAGCACAAUACUUGACAACUUCAUUGAUUCACACUAAAAUGUUAUUUUAAAUAUUGCACAUGGAAAGUUUACAUAUCAGCAUUCCUAAAUAUUGUAAUAUAAAGUAAAGAAACAUGCAAGCUAUCAUUUUCCAAAGAUAUUAUUUAUUAGAUUCACCAAAGAGAAGUGUGUGUGUGUGGGGUAUGCUUCACUAGGAAGAUCCAUUGGACACACACAUUAAUAGGUUAGGCUGAGGAACAUUUAGCACAAAAGCAGCAUCAGUAUUUUUCGUGUUUGGCAUUGGUAUAUGUUUUACUAGUAGAGCUCUUUUUGAGGUCCUGGGUUUAAUCCCUAGACACUAAAAGAAAACAAACAAAACUAAAGCAAAACAAAACAACAACAAAAAGUGAAAGAGGAACAGAAGUAGUGAAAACUGGCGUGCCUAGGACGUAUUUCAUAAAUGAACUAGUCGAGAACAUAAUCCCUUAAGUUUCUGGUGGAGGAAUACCCUGUGCAUUAAAAGGUUCCAGGUAUUAGACAUAAAGCUGCUCUAAGCUAUCCCUUAACUCCUCGGUAGAUGGAAUGCAUCGAUGGUCUUUCAUUUCUUCUGUAAGUAGCAUGCCUAAAUAUUUGCUGGAGCCAAGACUAUUUAACACAAUAAGGACUCCUUUUUCUCUUUUGGAUGAUAUUUAAUAAAAAAUGACACUCAGAAAAUAUUUUUCAUAAAGGGAUAGUAAUAUUCAUUUGCAAAAGGGAAAACACAAAACUAAACAACCAAUUUUAAUUAGAAUGUUAAUCUGUAAAACUGUACAUCUAAAACCCUAGAUCACAAAAGAAUAUCCAUGUGUAAUUAUUUCUUUGAAAGAUAAUUAAAUUGUUAUUAAUGUAAAUGCAUAACUUUAAUUUUGCUACUAGCUAUUUAUGCUUCAAAAUUUAUCAGAAAGAUGGAAAUUAACUCUAGAUUUCCAAGUCAUUAAAAUAUACUUAAAAUUUACACUUAAAUGUAUAUUUUAAUAUAUACAGGCUAUUUCUUCCCUUUGAAAAGAUGGGGGGAAAACUACAUACACUUAAAGUAAUCUUAGUGAGUUUUCUAUUGCUGUGAAGAGACACUAUGCUUAUGUAACAAAUGCUUACCUCAAUGGCCCAUAGUGAUACGUAAAAGAGCCAAUAUCAUCCUCAUACAAAAGCUUCAAAUUCUAGCCACAAUAUAUAAUCUUUUUCUACUUUACACAUGGACACCCCCACUAGAAAAAAAUGAUUGCUCCUAAAACAGAGUCUUAUUUUAUAAUUAAAUCAAUAAGUUAAAACUUACUUAAUUGUACCUUUAAAUUAGAUUUGGGUAGUGGUUCCUUUGGAUACAAUUCCUUAAUAAGUAACUGAAAUACUUUUAAGAUUUCCACAACACACAGUAUUGGGUAGAACUCAUUAAGAACCUUUAAUUUGAAAAGGUAAGAGGCUCCUUGUAGGUAAUGACAGAGUUAUAGAACAUUAUUGUGAGAUACCUACAUUUUCUUAAAUAUUUUAAAAUAAUGACCAAGUAUUUCAAAUAACAAACAUAGGCUAGUCAAAAGAACAUUUCCUCUGAAAUAUAAUUAAAAUAUUCUUAAUAUAUUUAUAAAAUUAAUAACUAUGUAGCUUUAAUCUGAAUUUAAGUAUUAAGGCACAGAAGUCCUUCAUACUUUUGACUUGUUAAAAAUCUCCUAUUAAGGACUUAAGGUAUUUCAUACUUUAUCUGUAUCUAAAGAAAAUUUCAAAUCAAGAGAAAAACAUGGGGCUGGUGAGAUGGCUCAGUGGUUAAGAGCACUGACUGCUCUACCAGAGGUCCUGAGUUCAAUUCCCAGCAACCACAUGGUGGCUCACAGCCAUCUGUAAUGAGAUUUGAUGCCCUCUUCUGGUGUGUCUGGAGACAGCUACAGUGAACGCAUAUACAUAAAAUAAAUACAUUAAAAAAAGAGAGAGAAAAAACAUUUUUCUAUUAUAAGUAAUAAUCUGAGUUCAAAUUCAUAUAGGAUAUAAAGACACAUUAAAAUAAAUCUAUGGUACUUCUUAUAUGAAAAUGCUGGAAAGUUGUACUAAGAAUAUACUCUACCACUGUAGUUCUUAAAAACUCUGGAAAGGUGUUCAGGACUUAAAAAAUACUUAUUAUAUCAAUUACAGUCAGUGCUCCAUCUGUGAGUCAAACAACCACACAUUCGAAACAUGUGGGUGGUCAGGCAUGGUGGCCCAUAGAUCUAACUGAAGAAUUUGGGAGGCAGAGACAAGAAGUUCUCUCUCUGAGCUCCAUGGCAGCCUGGUCUAUAUGGUAAGACGCAAAAAGAACAAACCAAACAAAUUAUUUCUUGAGCAAAAACUGCAUUUGUACUGAAUUGUCCAGUUUUUUUUUCUCGUCAUUAUGGGAAUAACAACCAUCCACUGCACAACACAGUAAAAGCAAUAUAGAGAUAAGUUUAAAUAUAAGAGGAGGACAUGCAUUCAUCACAAGCAGACAUUUUAUACAGGAGACUCAAGUAUUUACAAAUCUGGGUAUCUAGAAAUCCUAUAAUCAAUUCCCCACAGACACAAAAGUAAUUAUAUAUAUAUAUAUAUAUAUAUAUAUAUAUAUAUAUGUGUGUGUGUGUGUGUGUGUGUGUGUGUGUGUGUAUACACAUACAUACAUACAUACAUACAUACAUACAUACAUACAUACACAGGUUCUCCUUUGACUUACUUUUUUUGGCCAAGGAUGACCUUAAGCCUCUAAUUACUUUUCCACUUCCCCAGUGCUGGGAUUACAGGUGUGCACCUGGGAUGCAGUUGUAAGGUAAAACCCAUGGCUUUGUGCAUGCGAGGCAGAAGCACUCUACCAACUGAGCUAUAUUACCAUCCCACAAUUAUAUAGUACUUUAAGAGACACACUAUGUGGAGAGCUGUUACUAACAUCAUUACAGGGUCAUACCAAACAUAAAGUCACUAAUGAAGUCAGAAAAACUGGAAAACACACAAGUAGCAUCAGUACACAUUGAACUACGGUUGUAGAGUAUUGUCAACCUUACUUCAGCAGCACAGUCAAUACUGGAGAUAAUCUCAGAAUCUUAACGCCAAUAUUUACGUGCUGCUAAGGCACUGCUGACAUCGCUAUCAUAGGAGCUAUGAAUAAAAAGACAGGUACUUUCUUCAGAAGAUCAGAUCCUUGUAUUUUGAGGCAGCACAAUAUGGCCUGCACCUUUUCAAAAUCCACAAACCAUUAUGUGCUGCUACUUUACUCCAAGGUUUUGUUUUUGAAAACUCAUAGCACCUGAAUAGUAAUUUACAAAAGAGUCUUUUUAGGAAAAAAGCAAAAUACAUAAAAUCCAUGUUUGAAAAACCCAUCACUGGUAUGUGCAUAAUUUUAUAAGGUUUCAGCAGAAUAAAAUAUAUUUCUAUAUCAUAAAUUUAAUAAAAGCCUACUGCAAACACAGUGCUAUAACUUAUAUAGUAAUCAUGAAAGGAGAAAAGCAAGUCAUUUUUCCAUGACAACUUAAUAAGAAUCUGAUUAUUAAAUUAGCCAAACUUCUGAAUGUAUUUAACAUAUAAAGCAGUUAUAAAAGUUGGGUUUUACUUUAAGAGCAGCACACCCUUCAAAGCCAAAUUCAUAGGAUGAAGCUUUAUGUUAAAGGUCAAACAUAAAACAUAUAAGAGCUCAGUUUCAAGAAAUGUAUACUAGCAAAAUACUUAAGACACACACAUGAAAUAUAUACCCCCCCCAAUCUACACAUGAACACUCAAGAAUUACUUCCAUAUUGGAAUAGUCAUUUUGAGUUCAGUGUCCUUUAUCACCCAUUAUCCAGAACAACAUCUUAGGAUGACAGGUCAAGUUGGUUUCCUGAAAGGAUACAGAACAGGAAUCCUGUAGCUCAGGCCUAAGUAACCAUUUGUAUGGUUCCCAUUACAAAGGCUGUUCCUUUAAAGGUAUAUCAUUUUAUAUAAUAGAACAAUUUUAUACAAAUAAAUUUGCUUUCUGUUCUCAUUAUUUAUAGGAUGCACAGUUGUUAUUCUGUUCAUGAGCACAGUCAUAUUCCAUUUAAGUUUUGUUUUUUCUCUAUUAUUAAAAUGUAUGUAGAUAAUUUAUGAAUAACCAUGGUUUCACCCAUUUCUCUAUUAUUGCCUGCAAGUUUUAAUACAAUUUUUAACAUCUAUUUAAGAUACAUCAACACAUACUUGAAUUUACAGUGUGCUAAUUUGUUUCCCAUUGUUGUGAAAAACAUCAUGAUCAAAAGCGACCAGGGAAGAAAACAGUUUUUCAUUUUACAACCGAAUGUCCAUCACAAAGGGCAGGAAUUUAAAAUCAGGAAACAGGAGGCAGGAACUCAAGCACAGGCUGUAGAGGAAUGUUGCAUACUGGCUUGCACUGCUUGCUCUCUUAUACACAGGACCGUCUGCUCAGGGGUAAUGCUACGCAGUGGGUUGGGUCCUCCCACAUCAAGUAUUAACCAAGAAAAUGCCUCCUAGAUAUAUGUCCAUAGGACAAGCUGAUGUAAGCAAUUCCUCAGUUGAGAUUCAUUCCUUCUUUCUAGAUGUCUGUAAGUUUCUAAACCAACCAGCACAGUUACAUGAAAAUUUAGGUUCUCUUCAAACCUACUGUCUAGUUAAAUUUUAGACAUGUUUUAAAACAUACACGAUUAUUUUCACUUAAAUAUUUUACUGAAUAUCUACUCUAUGUAACCACUCUCCCACUUGUUAUACUAUGGUUGCUACAGUUAUCUUGAGUUUGAAUUUCUACUUCCCUAGUAUUAAGUUAGCUUAGCAUUGUUAUUAUUGGUAAUCAUGUAUCUUCUUUAGAAGAAUGUCUAUUUCAAGACUUUUUUUGGUUUUUGCCUAUUUACUGAUGGUGAGUUUUAAAAAAAAAAUUUCUGGCUUAACAGUUAAUACUACCUACCAAAAACUAGAUAUGCAAAUAUUGUCUUCCAUUUUGUCUACCUUUGUGUUUUGUUUACAGUUAUUAAUGCACAAGUUUUAGAUUUUGAGGAAGUUUAUAAAAUGUUAUUACCUCUAUUUUUGGUAUUAAAUACUUGUCAAAUCCCCUGUCUUGAAGUUUUACCUUAAGUUUUCUUAAGGGGUUUUCACUUUUAGACAUUUUUGUUUAGUCUCUGACUAUCUGAAACAAAAUUUUCACUACAUAAUAAGGUCUAACUUCAUGUUUUUGUGUGUGUAAAUAUCUAGGUUUUCUCACACUAUUAAAAGACAGUCUUUUCCCUUUAGUGGUGGACUGAGCCCAUCUCUAGAUAAAGAACUGUUUUUACUAUUGCAUUUCAUAGCGGAUUGUCCAUUCAAACUAGACUGUGUGGCAGUCAUUUCCUAGUACAGCCCAGGCCAUUGCUCCAUUCCUAUGCACCUUAGGGCACCUGAGAUACCACACUGUCUUUACAUCUUCAAAUAUUUGGUUUCAAGUGUGCCAGCUUAAAAAAAAGUAUGAAAAUAAUUAAAGGUAAACACUAUUAAAAAUGAUUUUGUCCUUUAUCUUUAUGUAAUGGUUAUAGUUUCAAAUUCAGUGGUCUUUAGAGACAAGGUUUCUUUGUGUAGCUCUAGUUGUCCUGUAACUCACUCUGUGGACCACGCUGGUCUGGAACCUAGAGGUCUAUCUGCUGGUCUUCCUCCUGUAUGCUAGGGUUAGAAGUGUGCACCCCCAUGCCUGGUUCCAAACUCAGUGGUUUAUAUUCUAGCCUAAGGACCAAAGUAAUUUUCUUUGUUGGGUUUUGAUAUAGUUCAAGUUUUUACUGAUGUUCUUAAAAGAAAAAAAAAGGCAUUAUGAAAGGUGAGAUAAAAAUAGGUAAACUGGGCUGGAGAGAUGGCUCAGUGGUUAAGAGCACUGACUGCUCUUCCAGAGGUCCUGAGUUCAAUUCCCAGCAACCACAUGGUGGCUCACAACCAUCUGUAAUGGGAUCUGAUGCCUCUUCUGGUGUGUCUGAAGACAGUGACCGUAUACUUACAUAUAAUAAGUAAAUUUUUAAAAAAAUAGGUAAACUAAAUUGUCUUGCUCAAGAAGGUAACCCAAGGGGUUGGGGAUUUAGCUCAGUGGUAGGCCCUGGGUUCGGUCCCCAGCUCUGAAAAAAAAGAAAAGAAAAAAGAAAGAAGGUAACCCAAGUGUAUAUAGGAAUAUAUGGUAAUCUUUAAAUACCUGAAAUUAAUAUUCUUUGUAUAAGAAACCAGAAUUUCACAGCAAUUUAAGUAGAUCAAAAUGUCCUAUUUUCCCUUCAACUCUAUUUGUUUCAAUUAAUAUUUUUCUUUAGAAAUAUUUACUUACCUUAAAAAACUUCCAAUAUUAAUUCAUCUUGUUUCCAUAAAAUUUAGCACUUCACAAAAUAUUUAAGAGAUUUUUAGGCAUGUUGCCUAAGCUAUAUAUCAUCUUGACUGCAUCAGAAUAAUGGGACAGGUUUUGAAUUUAACUUAUUAUUAAUAUAAUAAGCAACUAGUAAUUUGUUGGGGCACAAUGACAGAAUACAGACUCUGAGGUCAGAACCUUGACAUUCUCUCUGGUAUAAGUCUCUCCCAUGGCUGUUAUUCUAAUAUAUGGAGCCCUCUCUGGCUCCUGGGAUCUGUGAAUGAACAUUAACACACACACAGGCCUUUAAAGAACGCUUCUGAACCACAGCCAUCUCAUGAAGCUGUCUAAGAACACUGAGAAAACACGACCAGGUUUAAGGUCUGAUGACAGGGCAACAAAUCCCAGGGAACAAAGAAUCUACUUAAAUAGCAAAGCUAAGGGUAUGGAAUAUUGCAACAAAAUUUGGGAAGUUAAAAGCCAGCUAUGCUAAUAUCUUUGAUGUAGCAAUAGUACCACUAUAAAAUCUUUGGAACUGUUUCUUCUCUAAACAUUUAAAAACCCUAGUUCUAAAAGUUGAUAUGUGAAAGUGACAGAACCAUUUGUAGUGCAUACUACUAAAUACUGAAAAAUUUCAUUUCCACACGUGAAUUUUCUCUAAGAAAAUGAGCUUAUGUAACAUAUUUGAAAGAAAUUGUUUUAACAACAACAACAACAACAACAACAACAACAACAACAACAACAACACCACAACCACCACCACCACAAAACUAAAAUGACAGUUUAGGACAAGUCAGAUGUGUGAUCACUGACAAUUGAAUAUGUACUUUAAUUCUGUAUUCAGUUUGCUCAUUUUUACAUGGAAAUUUUUGAAAUUCAAGUUUCAGGGCUGCAGAGUUAUUAACUCAGUGGUUAAGAGCAUUUUGUAGUUCUAAAAGGCCUGGGUUCAAUUCCCAGCACCCACAUGGAGCCUUGGCAUUUCUUUUUCUUUUUUCUUUUUUUUUUUUGGAGCUGGGGACCGAACCCAGGGCCUUUGGCUAAAUCCCCAACCCCCUUGACACUUCUUCAAGUGCCUACACCCAUGUGCAGACAUUCAUAAACGUAGCAUACUCAUACAAUGAUAUUUUUUUAAAAGUUCAAAUUUCAGAACAGAAGAUGAGAAUAAUCACAAUAAAUGUUCUGAAGACAUUACCCAAUGUAUUCAUGCUUAAAAGUGAAAAAUGGGGGUUGGGGAUUUAGCUCAGUGGUAGAGCGCUUUCGUAGUAAGCGCAAGGCCCUGGGUUCGGUCCCCAGCUCCGGGAAAAAAAAGGAAAAGAAAAAGUGAAAAAUGGCAUCAUUACAUUGAAACAUUGCAUCGGAUUGUAUAUUUGCAAAUUUCAAUUCCUACCCAAACCAGGUGGGUGGCUAAGUGUUAUGAGUGGAACAUGCUUAUAAUUUCAGCAUUCUAGAGACAGAGGCAGAAGAAGUACUAUAAAUUUAAGGUCAGGGAGGGUUUCACAGCGAUAAGCUGUCUCAGACAAAGAAAAUGAACAUACCAAAUUUCAGACCCUGGUAUAACCGUUUUAAUUUUACCCUCCCCCAACUCACUCCCAUCCAUACAAGGCAUCAUAUAAGCAGGGCUGUCCUGAAUUUCACUAACUAGUCAAGGAUGACCUUACUCUCCCUCUCUCCUGCCCUCUGCCCUUCUCUGGGAUUACAGGCACGCACCACUGCACCCUGUCUACUUGUUGCAGGAUAUCAAACCCAGAGUGUCAUACUUUCUAGGUAAGCACUGUACGUACAAACUGAGCUACACUUUCAGCCAGUUUUAACUUUUCUAAGAUCCAAAGUAACCUCUUAGUAGAAUUCUAGUACUUGAAUCUAAUUAGAAGGUGAAACAUUACUCAAAGUGGAAAAAAAAGUUCGUAUUUUGCAAUAAAACUUAAUAAAUUCCAUGGUUAUGAUGUUGAGAAUAGAAAUAUCAUCAUGGCUUAAGCAUAAAGAUACAGAUUCAGCAUAAUUGUUCUAUUAAACAUUUACAUAUCAAAGGCUUUGAGGAUAAAGAAUAACCUUUGUAAUUCUCAAAACUUCAACAAUUAAAAAAAUUAGAGACUACAAUGAACUCAUGAAUUAUAAAGUAAUAUAUAACCUUCAGAACACAGACUACUUCAUACUCUCCGUCUCCAAUUUUGACAGUAGGUGGCCCUUUCAUCACUAUUCAACUCCAAACCAAGCAACUAUUUUUCACUUUUAGCAUACACUUCUCUCCCAGGAAACAUUUCCUUUUAAAGAAACUAAUUUUUUACAUAAGCUUAUUUAUUUGUUUGUUUGUUUGUUUAUUUACUUGUGGGCUGGUGUUUUGCCUGUGUGAGCUAUCUCUCCAUCUUCCUAAAGAGACUUAAGGUAGGUAAACUUUCCUCUGAAGUAGCACAACAGACAGGAGUUGAUACUAUAAAGAAAUUAUAUUGCAAAUAAAUUAAAAAUAUCAAAUUUUUAGCUUAUCACAUAAUUACACAAUUACAUUUUUACUAAAAACAAAAAAUUCAUCACUUGCCAUAAAACCGAUUCUAACUUCCUCAAUAAUAAAAAUAUUCUGACCCUUCCCCUCUUUCUAGUAUUAAUUAAUUCCCAUAUUUAUAUUAUUCAAAUCCAACAACUGAUAACACUUAAAACUGGUAUGAUUAUGUAUCACUACUAUUGUAUUGCUAAGCUGACACAUUUCUUUUUUUCUUUUUCUUUUUUUCUUUUUUUCAGAGCUGGGGACCGAACCCAGGGCCUUGUGCUUGCUAGGCAAGCGCUCUACCACUGAGCUAAAUCCCCAACCCCAGCUGACACAUUUCUUAAUGGAAAAUAGCUCUUUUUAAAAAAACUAGCAUAGCUUCUGAGAGUAGUCAGAAUGUUUCCUGAAUUAGGAAGUAAUUAGUUUAUAUCAUUAUUAGAUUACAGCAUGAUCAAUACCGAGAGGACUGAAUGUGACUUUUUCUUCAUAUUUUGUUUCUUUAUUAGGACAUUAAAAAGAUAAUCUAAUAUUUUUUAAUGUAGACAAUGUACUCAAAGAUUUUAAAUUAUUAAUCAUAUAUAUUUAAAUUACCUUUUCUGUAAAUGUAUAUGUAAAAGUAUGCCAUUGGUGUGUGGGUCCCAGCAGCGAAGAGAGUGUUGGGUAUCCUGGAUACUCAUGUUGCUGUAAGCUGCCUGAUGUAGUCUGCUGUAGGCCCUGGGAACCAAAUCUGGGUACUCUGGAAGAGUAUCAAGUGUUCUUAACCAGAGCUAUCUCUCCAGCCCCUCAAAUGAUAUAGAUUAAAUUGGCAUUAUAUAAUUAAGUUUAUGUAUCUAAAAAUGUAAUGUGAAAAAUCAAAUCAAAAAUAAAAAGACAAAAAACAAGGAGGAAAAGAAAAGUAUGACUUUGAAUUUCUUUUUUUUUUUUGGUUCUUUUUUUUGGAGCUGGGGACUGAACCCAGGGCCUUGCGCUUCCUAGGUAAGCGCUCUACCACUGAGCUAAAUCCCCAGCCCCUGACUUUGAAUUUCUUAAGCGGAAAAAAUUUUCUAUUAGAACUCUAAACUAGAAAGCAAAUGUGAAAGAAAUCUCUUAGAAAAACGAAUGCAAAACUACGAUUAUUCAAUUCAGUACGUCUAGCAUAUUAAUACCAUUAUGCCACAACUUCUAGGACAUCCAUAUGCACAGAAAAGUGCUCGUCUUGGACCUUGUAUGGUUCUGGUUCUCAUCUCUAGCACUGUAAGAGAAAAAGGAAGGAAAAAAAAAGACACCUCACCAAAACAAAAUAAAACAAAACAAAAAAAACCCCAAACACACAAAAGUCAAUCAAACAAACAACCCCCACCCCCUCCUCUUACACACACAGUCCAUAAGGGAUUAACUUAAAUCACUAUCUUGAGAGAAACUAUGGUAUUAAAUAAAUAAAAGAGAAAGGUAGACACAGCAGAAAACCACAUAGGAUAAUGUAGUGUGGUCACAGUAGGAAUACACUAUCAACUGAGAAAAACUGUCUUUCCUAGAAACUUUAAGUUGAUACAAGGCUGAAGCUGGCUUCCAUGUGACCAAUUAAUGAACCCUAGCCUAGAUUAUACAAGGUUAGGAUUUAUAAACAUUUCAAUUCUAAUUUCCCAGAGAUAAAAAUUGGAAAAAAGAAAAAGCAAACAGCAUUUCACCAUGAGUAAAAUGAAGGUUUCAGUAUUUAUUCACCUUACCUCUCUACCACCUGGCCCCAAAUAAACCAUUCUGAAUACUCGAGUUGAAUGGCUGAUCAUUUGUAAUUAUAAGGUCACCUAACUUACAGGUUCUGGAUUACCAAUGAGAUAGCUGACACAAUGGAAAGGAAGCAUCUGAAGCACCGACUUUCUUUUAAACAGGGUCACCUAACCCUUAACACCAUUAGCAACAGAAACUUGGUCCUGAAUUCUCUGCAGAGAUUUAAAAUUAGCUCAAGUGGAUACUGUUAAUUUGAGAAUCUGAAUUACUUUCAUAGAAAUAAUUACUUGUAUGUAUUUAACACUAUUUUAAUGCUAGUUUUCUUAGAGAUAUAUUAAUGUCAGCCAAUCUGUUAGAAUUACUGUUAUAAUUUAUAUUUUUCAAAAUUUAAAUGAAUCAGGACAAUCUUAAUGUGUGUAAAAGUGUGUACACAUACAGAAAAGAAACUGCACUGGCUGUUUUCCCUUCCUCUGAAGUUUUAAAAGUUGAAUGUACAAAGAAGUCUCAAAUAAAUGUAUAAACCAAAAAUAUUUCUCACGAGUCUAUUUUCAAGCUAUAAAACUGUAAGAUCAAUACAUUUUGAGUAAUGAUAAUAAAAAUACCAUUACCAGUACUGAAGAGAUUGCUCCUUGGUUAAGAAUACUUCUUGCUUUUACAGGUACCAGGGUUUCCAGCACCCAUAUGGUAGCUUACAACCAACACCUUAUAACUCCAGUUCAGGGGAUCCAAUGCCCUCUUUUUGACCUCCAUGCAUACCAGGAACAUACAUGGUACACAUAUAUGCACACAAAUAAAAUAAAAAUAUAUAAGCCUUAAAAAUGAUCUUUGCUUAUUUGUAAAUUUUAAAGAAAGGAUUAAAUAUUGUGAUUUCAGACUUGGAGAUAACAGGGUCUUUCUAUAAAAUACUUUCCACACUAGUAAAGUUGCCUAAAGCAAUGAGAUCAUUCUUGUUCUAAAUUAAUAUCAAACAUCAGUUAGUAGAGAGCUAAUGGGCGAUUUAAGUUAUUCAAGAAUAAACAGAAAAAUAAUCAGAUACAAAUGGAAAUAUGAUACCAAACACAAGUCUUCGUAGCAGUGGUGCUGGGUCACUGAAGAAGGAAGGAGCUAGAAACUAAUACUUACAAAAUAAUAAUUGUUGGGCUACUUAGAGGGCUGUUUUAGUAAUAUCUUCAUUUUAUCAUUGUUAAACCUGGGAAAAAAGAGUAAAGACUUUAGAAUUUGAUCUUAUUACAUAAGCAAAAACAUUUUCAACUGAUGCCAACAAUCACUAUUUCCUGAUUCUUAAACAUUAAAAAAAUAAAAAAAAUCAGUGGUUACUAAUCUCUAUGAGGAUAAAUAACUCUGAGGGGAGUAAAAGAUCUGGAAAUAAAGCAUUAUGCCAUGUUAAAACACACCAGAAGAAAAUAUUGUUUAGAAAUGUCUGAGGCAAAAAAUAAGACAAACUAGCAAUGCUGCAAUUGUUCUCACGGCUGUGCUUUCCUCUUAAGGGAAAGGGUUUAUUUAGGGCCUCACACCCUAGCAGGAAAUACAUCACAGCCCAUCCUUUAAAAUGAUCAAACAAAACUACCCUAGUGACCUUAGUCGCACUGUUUGAUUUCUGUGGGAUAUGAUUAUACACUGUACUUGUACUUUUGAGGCAGUCUUGUUAAUACAGCCCAAACUGGCCCUGAAUUUGGGAUACUCUUGCCUAGGUGCUGGGAUUACUGGAAUAUACCAACAUACCUACAUACAUGUACUUAUUACAAGAGAUAGCACAGAAAGAAUACACUAAACCUUUAUAAUUUUACCAGCAUAUUCCAAGUGUGCAUUUUAUUAUGAAAUACUUUCUCACAGAAGUAGCAACAUUUCUUUUUCUUUCAAAAUCCAUCAAUCCCCUUUUCCAAUAAUGCCAACAUGAUUUUCUACCCCAAAACCAACUCUAUACUGAAUGCUAAAAAAAAAAAAAAAAUCCCAAUCAAACAUUAAGAUCCUUCUGUGCUAAGUUCUGGUCUCAUUCUGUUCUUACAAUGUAACUAUAAUCUUGAUGAAGUACUUAUCUGUCCUACAUGAAUUUUUACACCAUAACUACAAACGUAACUGUUGUACACAUAUAUUUUCUUGAAAGGGUUUUUAUCUGCUGAAUACAGUUACAAUAUACAGAACUCUUAUUUUAAUGGCUAUAUAGUUUAUAUGACUAUCUCACAACAUAUAAUGGGGAAGGGUCUACUGUAAUUUCAACUGCACUACAAAGCUACUAAGUGGGCCACAAACUACAAAUUCCCCAACAUCUGAAAAUACAUUAGAAAAAGCCAGUUCUAGUUAGAAAUUAACAUUUUUUAAAGUGUUGAGCUUUAUUUUUAUUUUCCUUUUACUUGUCACAUCUAUUGUAUGUUUGCGGGCUUUGCCUGCUUGUGUGUCUGUUCUCUUCUUGCAUGCACAGAGCCCACAGAGGCUAAAACGUGUGUUGGGUUCUCUGGAACCGGGACUGUGAGUUGUCAUGUGGAUUCUGGGAAGUGAACCUGGGCCCUCUGAAAGAGCAGCAAGUGCUCUCUUUUAACCUUUGAGCCAUCUCCCCAGCCAGCAGUUUUUCUUAAGUGAUCAAUCUCUUCUGCUUUUGGUGUACAGCGAACACAGGUAUACAUAUUAAGGCUUCCACUAGAAUAAACCAGAAUUUGUUCCCAAACAGUCUCAUAAAAAUAAAGUUCUGAUAAUGAAUUAUUCUUCAUAUGACUGAGACAAUACCAACAUUAGAAGUGUGGUAGAAAUGAUAAGCUUUCUAAUUAGACCCUGAAUUUUGUAGAUCCAAGAUAACCAGUGGCUGGGAUGCUAAAGCCCAAUGCUUGGUUUGGUAUGAACAAUCCUUCCCACCCCCACCCCAUCUCAUUUGUGGUGUUCUUUUAAAGAAAGAAAGAAAGUAGAAAGAAUCUUUUAGAGCUUGUAAAAUGUAUAAAUUUUAGAUACCUAGUAUCAGAGAUUUUGAUUAAACAGAUCAGGAAAAAAUGCUUUAUUUUAGCUUAUUUUACUAGCUAGUCCACAGACAUGUUUUAGCAGGAGUCAAUCAGGGUAGAAGAUACUUUCAAGAGAAGAUUAUGCAGCUAACUUUUAGGUUAAGCACCCCCAAUAUCAGUAUGUCUAUCUGUCAAACUACAUCACCAUAUCAGAAACACCACUCUCCCUAGAAAGCAAUUACAGUUAAAAUGCUUAAUUUCCCAAUGUCAGAAUAGACCGUGGUCUCGAUUAACUCACGUAAAUAUACUAUAUGACAAAAGCUAAUUUUCUUAGUAAUAACAAUUAAGAAAUGGUAUUCUGAGUUAACUCUGACCAAUAAAGCAAACAUUAAGCAUGGGGAUGGAUCAGAAGAAAUUUUAAUGAAGACAACAAAAGAGAAAUGAUGAGUAUCUUUUAAAAAUACUACUGCAAAUGUCAGGCUUUAAAUCAAAACACUGAUCAACAAAAAAACAAACAUCACUAGUAGUGUUCUAUCAAAGUUUUAUAAAUAAAACCAGAACUUAAACAGAGAGCUAGUAUUCACUUACCUAGGACUGUAAUUAUACAGACGGAAGAGAAAAACAUGUAGGUUGAUGCAAGUCUGUUUAAAUUACAAGUGUACAAGUCUAUAAAACUAUAUCACUUGAAAUAUAAAGUCUAAUUACUAUAAGAUACACAAUAGGACAUGGUAUCAUUUUAAGAAGAAAUCAUAAAAGUAUGACUAGAAAUAUAAAAGUUUAAGGGUAAGAAAAAAAAAUAACAAUUUGUACAUUUUUACCUCUGGCCUAUGCUAGUUCUAAUGACAACAUGAAGUAUAGAAUGUUUUUAUUAUAGUGAAACUAACAAUAAUUCAGCCUUUUUUAUAUGAGGCUACAAAAGGAAGAUAACGUCCUCAAAGUGAAAGAAAUACUCCAAAGUGGUCACAACUUUUCUUUCUCAAAUAUAUAUCUGAAUUUGUGAUACAAGCAACUUAUUUUCUUAUUCUAUUAGCUUAAAAGUGUAGAAAAGCACACGUAUUUGUAGAGUUUGCCAACUCUAACAUGAAAUUUCCUGAAUAAAAAUUAAAUAUAACACCAUUGAAUAAACAGUUAAAAAAGAAGUCCAAAGCCCACAGAUAUUUACUAUUUUCUUAAGGAAGCACUGAAAAGAGAGUGUCUUUCAAAAAGACCAUUCUUCAAACUACAUAUGGGAAACCUUUCCACUUGUGUGCAAACUUCCUUGGCCACUCUGAUUAUAGACUAACAGAACUCUGCAGUACAAGCUGGCUGACGAGCAGCAGCGAUCACCCAGCUUCAAUUCUUAUAAGAGACAAGAAUGACUUAUGGUGGUGACACUUGCUUCUUCUACAUGAUGCUCCCACUAUUUAAAAAGCACUACUCAAGAAAAACAUAUGCACCUAGCUCUGAGAAAAGAAGUGCUUCUGUAUGGUUUAUUUAACAAGUACACUUGUAGCAUAGGACAAAGUUAUUUAAGGAGAAAUUCAAAAAGGGUGAGGUGAAGAGAGAAGAUAAAUGACUGCUUUGGUUAGAAAAGGAACUUACAAUGUAUCUUAAAAACUUAACACAUUAACAGUCUUCAGUUUCUGAGACUACAUUUAACUAUUAUCAAAUGUCUGACUAGUUUUACCAUCUAUCAGAACGAGUGCACAGAUUCCAUAGUUGUACAAAUUCCAAUCAAAAAAGAAAAUCACACUCUUGCUCACAAAAUGCCCCAGUUUCCUCCCAGGCACACGAACUGAAUCACUAUCAUAUGCUGCUGACUUCAGGUACUAUUUAGAAAAACAAUCUCCAGAAUGGCAAAAAUUAAAUACAGCAUUAAGUGUUCAGCCAAUAUGAUUUUUUUUUUCCCUUUCAGGAAUCGAUUUGGGGUCUUGGCAUGCUAGCCAAGUGUCUACCACUAAGUAAUAAUACUUCCUGGACCUAGCCUAAAAGAGUUAACAAAAGCCACAACUGAAGCUGGCAGAAUGGCUCAGUGGGUAGUGGUGCCUGCUAUGACAAUCUGAGUUUCAUCCCUGAAACAUGUAGAAAUGAAGGUCCCAACUUGACUGUCCCCUGAACUCUGUGAUACACACCCCCACCAUACACACGGUAAUAAAAUAAAAAUGUAAAAAUCACAACUAUCAAAAAACUUCCAGUGCAAUUGUUAAAUGUGUACUGCAGAGCUAAAACCGUAGUUAAGCCCAGAGCUAUCAAUUUAUAAAAGUAAAAACACUUAUUCUGUUAAAAUAAUUUAUAUAUAAUAAAAUGCUAUUUAGGACUCCAACUUUAAAUGUAAGUUAUGUUUCAACACUUUAUUAAAUUUAAGUAAUACCUAGUCUUGAAAUAAAAAUUGAAAGUAUGAAAUAGUAGCAAUAUAGUAAAUUUAGGUAUUUUGCAAAAACAAUAAAAUAACUGCAAUCUUUUUUUUUUUUUUUUGGCUCUUUUUUUCGGAGCUGGGGACCGAACCCAGGGCCUUGCGCUUCCUAGGCAAGCGCUCUACCACUGAGCUAAAUCCCCAACCCCAACUGCAAUCUUUUAUAAAAAUGAACAAAAUGUUUUCCACUAAGUUGUCAGUGUAGAAUGUCAGAAAUAAACUAUAAAAAAAACCCCACAGGAUAAUAAGGUAAUUUAAAAUAUGCUCAUUUAGUACUAAGGUGUUUGUAAUAUAAUUUAUAACAUUGAGUUGCUUUAUUAUUUUUUUUUUUUGUUGUUUUCUUUUUCAAGUUUCUUCAUGUAGCUCUGGCUGUCCUAGAACUCACUAAGUACACCAGGCUCGCCUCAAACUUAAAGAUACUUGCCUCCCAAGUACUGAGACUAAAGGCAUGCGCCACCACCACCCAAUUUAUAACACUGAAUAUACAGAAAUAGUAAUAGAUUAAUUUUAGAAGUCACAUUUGAAACAUGUUGCAUAUUUUCUUUCAAGUGAUUAUAUCAAAAUAGCAAAGUAAUAUUAACCUAGUUAAUAUGUGAUAAUAAAAUGUCCUAAGUGUGGCUCUACUGAGAACAGAAAUUUUACUUUAAAGCCAUAUUUUUAAAAAUUUUAAAGACUUAAAAUUAACUAAAUAUUGCCUAUUGAAAAAUGUGGAUCAGAAAGUAUCAGUUCUGAUACAUUAUGCCUUAUUUGAAAAAAACAAACAAACAAACAAACACAUUAGGGAUAGUUGUUAAUUUUAGAAAACCACAAUAUAUAUACAUGUACAAAACUGCUUCUCAUAAACAUAUUUAAAAUGUUCAAGUUAAUUCUGUUAUUAUUUAGCAAAUCUUUGCAAUACUUUAAAAUAUCUAUCAAAGAAAACAAUCCUGCUGACAGUUUCAAAUCCAAGUUCUGUUAUUAACUAGCAUUAUAAAUCACAGAUAAUAAUUUUAAGGCCCCUCAUCAACAAAUGUUAAAUUACCCCAUCCUCGUCUAUUAACAUAUUUUUCACUGUAAGAUAAAUAUUUCAAUAAGAUAGAAAUGAUAGUACAAAUGUACUUUAAGGGCAAUUAUUUUUCCUGGAACCUUGAUCAUGCCUUUAACUGAAAGAAAAAAAAAUUCUAUAUUCAAGAUAUAACUAUCACUGGAGAACAAUUUUAAUUAAAAUAUUUAAAUCAAUUCAAUAAAUUUCUGUCCUCAAAUUCUUAACAAAUAAACCACAUUUUAAGAGAGAACUGGAGAGAUUUGCAAAUUUGAAGUAUUUACAACAUGUCCUAUAAAGGGUCAUCAUAUAUAACUGUAACAGCUUUUAUUAUUAGCCAAGUUAAGGUUUCUUAUUGUAUCAGAAGUGGUCAGCUAUAAGAAACUUUUAAUAUCUGUACUGUUGCUUUUAGAUACUAAAUUAUUUAACAAGCUAAACUUCCUAUGUUAAUAAGCCAGAUUAUAAUUGUAGAGAAAACAAUAACAUAAUGUCAAAUAUUUGGUUCAAACAGUAAAUUCUAAGACCCUCAGGUAUCAUAAAUUUUAAACUCUAAAUUUGGAACCAUGCAUUUAAAUCCUCGCCUGCACUAUAAGCUCAUAUACUGCUUUCUCCUUCAUUUAACCAUUAAAAUUGUGUCAAUUAUCUAGAUUAAAAGUGAUAAAUUAAAUGUCAAUUCCUGCCUCCUUCCAAAAUACUACAUUUUUAUCUUAAUACUCUCUAACCUAAAAAACACUGGGUAAGAUAGAGGAAAAGUUUAUUCACACCCAUCAAAACUGUUUUGUCAUAACUUAAAAAUCAAAGUUAUAAAGACAUUCUAUGCUUUGUAUUUAUUUGAAAGUCACCAUGUAUAAAUGUAACAAAAAGUUAUCAGAAAUUUUUGUUUAAAUUGUUUACUGAUUUCUAUUUUGCCUCAAUUAUUAACAAAUGUGCAUUUCUGGAUUAUCUAUCUCAUAAUAUAAAACUAUCAAACUCUAGUUUUUUAUUAUUUGGAUAUGGAUCUUGACAUUCUAGCAUUCUAAAACACACCUGAGAAUUUGUUCUAAAAUGUUUAAACUAUUUAAAGUUAAGAGGUUUUUAUGGGCAGGAAAACUGUAUUUUGAUUCUUAAGAUUAAAUUGCACUUCUUAAGAAAACAAAGCCUUUGAGAUUUUUUGUCAUUUAUUUAUAGUCAUAUUACAUAAUCAACAAUUCUAAAGAAAAUUAGUUAUAUUUUAGCAAUUGCCAUUUCAUUUAGUAAAUAUUAUUAAAACUUAUGGUUAAUAUUUUACUAGAAAAAAACUAACCAAGUAAUGUUGAGUAAUAAUGUCAAUAUAUUCGUUUUUAUUAGACCAGAUUACCAUUUAGGAAAUAAUUGUUUAAGCUGAACACUAACUGAAAUGCUCAACUAAAUAUAAAAAUCGAGUAAAAAUAAUGUUAGAAAAAUGGACUACAAUAAGUAUUUUGGAGAUUAAGGUAGUAGUUACCAAACGUUUAAACAUUCUAAAUUUUAUUACUAGAGUGCUGUAACUUUUGAUAUUAAUAAUAUAUCGAGUAUCUAUGAGUAAAAUACUUAUUUUUGCUUAAGAAAGUAGGUUUUUCAGUUUCAACCAAAUUGUGCCUUGGUAAGAAAGGUAUUUGGAAUACUUCAAAUUUUCUUAAAAUAUUUUCAUUAAUCUUAUCUAACUUCUAGACUCUACCUACUUCUCCACUUAUCAAACCGCUAAGUACUAAAUUCCACCUGACUUAAAACACUUCAUUUUGUAAGAAUAAAGUCCACUACAUCACUAGACUCCUCAUCUAGCACAUUGUAGUAACAUCCUUGGGAAAAAGAAAAUUGCUACAUACAGUUUGUUCUUUUUUAGGGGGUGGGUGGGGGAAAGGUAAAUUCAGAUGAAUCUACAAUGCAGUAAAAACAUCAACUAUGUUCUUAAAAAUCUGGAAUUUUAGCAUGCAAGACACUUAAAUUCAGCCAAUUUACAAGAUUUCUGUUUAUUCUUUACUUACUGAUUUUAGUUGAUUCAAAUGUUUCAGAAUUACUAUCAAGUCCAAUCAUAUUGCAAAGAUAUAUAAGGACAGGUUUUGAAAAUUCAUUAGUAUAAAGCAGACAUACUGGUACAUAUUUACAACCCCAGCACUAAGGAGAGUUUGAGGCAGAAAAAUGAGUAGUUCUAGGUCAGCUUAGGAUACAGAGCAAGUUCUUGGCUGGACUGGAGAAUUAAGACCCUGCCUUAAGAAAACAAAAACAAACAAACAUUAGUAUACCUUAAUCUCCUAUCAUAUUCCAAUGUAUUACGUGGGUAUUCGAUCAAAAAACUGGUUGUUUUCCACAACUGGCUCUCUUCUAAAGGUUAAAAUCUGCAAUAAAAAUGGCAUGUGUUACUGCAUGAAGACACUCAACAGAGAAAUAUCUCCUGUAGUUCCCCCAAGUUGAUCUAAUCCAUCUCGACAAUGCUCUCUGGAAAUAUCUUUAGAACAAAAAAUAACUUGAUUAAGAACAAGUAAUAUGCAUUAUCACCCAAAGCCUUUUCAAACAAAUCAGGUAAGUUUCUGCUUCCAUUUCUCUUUAUGAGAGAACUGAGAAAGAUUAUAAAAAAUACUUUGUAAUUCUAAAAUCUGUACAUAGUUUAAUUUUGGUUUUUUUUUUUCCUUUUUUUUUUCAGAGCUGGGGACGAACCCAGGGCCUUGUACAUAGUUUAAAAGCAUGCAAAGGAUAAGGAUAAAAUUUGACUACCUUUCCCCUAAAAUUACUAAAUGAAUCAAUGAUGAUAAAUUAUCAUUAUUCUCAACUUUAGUAUUGUUAUACUUGAGUGAAUAUUUUCAAAUAUUUUAAUAUUACAGUUCUACCAAUUUAAAAAUUUUUAGCAAAUGAGAAAUAAACAGACCACCACUAGACUAGCCUUUUAAUGCUUCCAAAUAGAGUUGUAAAUGCAACUUUAUUUAUUUGUUUCACCCUUUCUGGAUCUUAAUGACUUAACAGGCAACAACUAUAUUAAAAGAGCAAGUUAUUAAAUAGCCAAAGGGGUAGAUGUACUACAUAUGAACCAUAAUACUUUGUGGGAGUUUUCUACUUUUAUUUAGGAAUGGCUGAAGCAAGAAAUAAAAUAAAGAAAGAAUGAAUACCAAAAGCCCCUUUAUAUCUGUUGUUAAAUAUUUGAUUGUUUAAUGGGAAAAUUGCAUAUUUUUUAAAAGAUAAAGUUUUUUAUAUUUAAAUGCAUUGAAAUAUAGGUACCACAACCUUAAAAAUAACAAAACAAUAAAAAAUUAAAUGUUAAAUUUUAACAUAGUAAUGUUUUUAAGCAGUAUAAGAAUAUUAGAUAAUAAGGAACAAAAAGUUUGGAUAUAAAAUGUUUAUGACUAAAAGAAAAAUCUCAAAGUAAAACUCAAAUUUAUUAGUUUACUAUUUAUACUUAGAAACAUCACAAGUCUUUCCCAUGUAACAUUUCUUUGCUCAAACAAGACAGACUUAAAUAGGAGCACAUUAAACUCACAACUUCAAGAAAAGUAUUAAGAAUAAAUUACACACCCACACCCACACACUUAUUAAAACUCCAUUACUUGAAACCUGUCUCAAAGAAAAAUCCAUUAAAGUAUCUUUUAUAAAGGCAAGAAAACAAAAAAACUUACCUACCAGAAAGCAUUAUUUACAGAAUUUAUGGUCAUUUGUACAUACUAACAAUCAGAUAUUACAUAAUAGUAACAAUUAAAAUAAAUAUUAUAUUAUAUAGACAACCACAUUUUAAGGUUCUAAUACUGUAACCUAUUAAAAUUAAAUGCUUUAUAUAAUUUUCAACACUCAGUUGAAAUAAAGUGUUAUUUUACUACUGAUUUCCUUUAGUUUUAUGAGAUUUGAGACCACAAAGUUACAGCAAGUCAUAGUUUGAAAUCUAAUUAUAUGCUAAAAUUAAUUGCAAAGCAUAUAGUUUCUAAAUUUGUGCAAUUAAAAAUAAAAAGAACAAACUAUGCAUAGUCUUACAAUUUUUUCUAAAAUGUGCUGUUCUAAUUAUAAUCAUACUAAUUAUGUAUCUCAUAAAAGGGGUUAAAUAGAAAUUAACAUGGUGAUAAACAAAAGAAAAUAAAAAAGCCAAAAGCCUUUUUAAGGUUGGAAACAUUUUAUGAUUUGAGAUGAACUUUAUAAUUUCCGUAACUGUAAAUUUAAAAUCUAGUUGUUGAAAGCUUUUUGAAAAAAUAUUAAAUAUAGUCUGGAAAUAUCUUUCUUAAACUCCAUCAGCUGAGCAAUAGUUCUAGAUUGAAGACUUUUUCAACAUUCUUUAUAGUUGCUACAUACAAACAAAUACAUCAAUAAUAGAAGUAAACCUGUACACAAGUCUUCAUGAAACAAAAACUAAAAGCAGCACACAAAAGAGAAGAAAACAUGCGAACCAGAACAUGAACACUAUGACAAUUUAUCCUGAGAUUUGGUUCCUAAUAAACAUUAAAACAGAUAUUAAUCUAAUGGCAUACAAAACCCUAAGGCUGCAUUUUGUAAAUGUACACUAAAGACAAGUUAAUAGGUUUUUUAAAAUUGUCUAAAAUUAGACCUUUAAUUGGAACUAGUAUAAAGAACAAACAAAUGAAAAUCAAUGCUACCAGGGAAACUGAUACUUUUGUUCCCACUCUCCUACAAUAGUAAAUGGAAUGCCGGGAGAACUAUAUCAGCACUAUUCUUCAAUGCUAUUUUCCUGUGGUAAUAAAUAACUUUUGCAGCUUUCACAAAAGAACAGAAAAUUAAGAGUAAUCAGUUUCUGUAGAAAAACACAGAUAACUAUUUAAAGAUUUAAAUAAGUAGUUAUAGAUCUAUUGGAAUUCUGUCUUCUACCUAGUAUUACAUUAAACAUGAAAAUACUUUGAAUGUUGUGAAAUUUAUUUAGGUGCUAGUGUAUUCUAAAUAGUGUAUUCUAAUACGAGAAUUAGUUUAAAUAAAGAAUAUUAGUUUCAACAAGUUGGUAAAACAAACAAAUCAAAGAAAAAAGAAAAAAAAAUACCUUCAAUUAUGGCCCUUAACAUAAUACAAAUCCCAUAAACCGAAGUGUCAAAAAAUAUAGUUCAAUUUCACCAGUCUGGUGAAAUUAAAGCUUCUCUCCACUCCCAUAAUUCUCUCCCAAUCAUAAUUAAUUUGAAUAAAAAUUAAAAUAAAAAAACAUACCAACAGUAAAAAGCAAAACGCAUUUUACAUAUUAUAUGCAGAAUAGAAAUGAGAUCUACACUUUUAGUAAAUCAAAUGUUAUAGAUAAUUUUAGGAAAAUUUUAUAAAAAGAUCCAAAAUAAACACUCUGAAAAAAAAUUAUGGGGUUCAGUAAACAUAAUUAUUAUUAAAGUAAUAUAAGAGUGUAUUAAUUGUAAAUUAAUUUAUAGUCUUAUAUAUUUAUGAAAAUGUUUCAAUUGAAUAUUUCUAACUGCAUGUUUGUCUUAAAUUGAAAUGUCUCAAAAUUUCAAUUAUUUAUAAGAUAUAAAAAUUUAAGUUCCUUUCAAAAUCAUCUACUCUUUGAAAAACCACACCCUGUUAUCAAGAUGCAAUUAAAAGGAAUGACAAGCAGAGUAAUAAAUAUUGAUGACUGUCUCAAAUAACACUAAACAAAAACUGAAAUCAGUCAAAUAAACCAACACAUAUGCACUGCUGUAUACAACACAUUUCCUCAUAAUGAAUUUGUAAAAGGAACGCAUUAAUAUAUAAUAUAUGCUCACCUGUACAUACUUGUUAUAGUCUCAACUAAGAAACAUAAAUGGCUUGUAAACUAAAAUUUUAAAUUCACUGCAAUGCCUCAGUUAGAAAACAAUUUAAAAAAGAUUUGCAAGUUCUAAGAAUAUAUUAUAUUUUUACGAAAAAAUGUAGAACAGAUAAUUUAAUGUUCAUUUUCAUCAAAAUGAAAGAAACAAUUCUCCCAUAAUAUGUAUCCAAUAUAUACACGAAGGCUGAGACGAAAAAUUUUCAUCAAAGGAAAAACCAAGCACCUUAGAUCCUUCGGACAAGUUUUCAACCAAUGAAGAACAGAAAUGUCUUAUAACUGCAACAGCAGAAAUACAGUUUUCCGAAAAUAGCCUCUUCAGUUUUACAUUUAAAUAUAUAUUUCAGAACCAUCUGAAAGGCUUUUACGGAAGAAACAACUCUAUUAUGUACUAACUUAAAAAAAAACCCAAAAAACCUCCGAUUUUACAGUUUGUACCUACUUGAGUAGUUCUCUGACUAAACAUAGUUUUUCGGUAGGUCAAGAAUUAUCAGCUCCAGGAUCAACAUUCAAACCCCCCAGUCCCGCUUCCUUCCAGCCAAUCAGUGGGUAAGAAGCCCGGCGUUUGGGAGCUCCGUUAGAUACAAUUUGAAAAACAUCACAUUGCGCUCCUACUCUUCUGGAAGGGAUCUAAAUGAGGGCGGGUCCCAGUUUUCACAGACACAAACCAAAUCCAGGGUUCUGAUAAAAUUCCAGAGGGAGAAAGCUCUGUAGGGGGCCUGCUCGGAAUAGCAGGUCACUGAGGUUCCCAAGAAGCCUUAUUCCUCAGCGAAUAACUGAGAAGCUGCUGCCAAAGCAUCUGCGGAGGAUUUGUGAGCCAGGUUCGUGCGACCCUCCCGCAGGACCUCACAUUAGCUAAGGGUUAAUCUAGGGGUGCUGAGGGAGGAAAGCGAUACAAGAUCUCAUGAGUGUUUAACGUGGACUCCACAAUACCUAGCGAUUAUUACCUAAAGUCAAAGUUGUCACUGGCUUAUUCAAAAGCUGUCGACUCCCGGUUGACAAAAAGCCAACAGUCAAUGGGGGGAAAAAAAGAAAAGAAACGAACCCCCAAAAGGAAAGACAACUCCGAUUUCUUCCACAUCAGCGCCAAGAAAAGUUGAGGACUGCAAAAUUACCGUUAAAUCGUAGGUGCAAAGGCUUGUCGGCAGGAAACACCAAGUUCCACGCUACUUUUCCUUGAGACGCUGCGUUUCAAGGACUGGAGAAGGAAAAAGUCUUCUAAGAGAGCGACGCCAGGAAAUCGCAAGCUCGCAGCCCCGUCCUUCCCUUCACCCCGACACCCCUCCCCCCGAGAGAGAGAGAGAGAGAGAGAGAGAGAGAGAGAGAGAGAGAGAGAGGACCGCCGGGAGAGCAACGACAAAAUGACCCAAUUGGCCGCGUCUGUCCGCCGCGCCCCGGGCCGGGACCGGCCGGCCCGUGUCACCUCUUCCCUGCGCGCCCCGGGUGUCCCGGGCAGCAGUCCCUCCGGCGACCCAAGUUUCCCGGCCCGACACGGCCUGCGCCCAGACUGCCGUGCACACCGGGGAGGGCGGGCGCCUGUCGGGGAGCCGCGAGCGAACCUGCCGCGUCGGCCUAGCUCCCCGGCCGCUCGCGCUGACAGGUCGGGCGGCGGCUGCUCGGCCGCGUCCCGCUCAAACCGCGCCUCCCCUCCCCCAGCUCAGCGCUCCCGCCACAAGCGGCCAGACGCCGCCCACCCGAGGACACCCAAGUUACGCCGGCCGGAUCUCCAGGGGAGCUUCUGCCAGUAAAGUGAGGGCAGAUCUCGAGUCCGGUCCCUGUUCCCCUCACGGUCCUCCGGUCCCACCGCUGCCACCUCCCGAGACCCACUUUGCUACUUGAGGCUCUUACCGAUGGCGCCGGGUCUGGCGAAGCCCCACCGACUGUCCUUUGGUCUAAGUUAUUUUUUUGAUGAUUUUUGGGGGAUUUUCCGGCGCGAUCCUAGCGUCGCGCUACUCUCGGACAGGUUAUCCCUUCUCUCCCGCUAGAUUGAUGAGAUCAGGCAUCACUCGAAAAUGGCGCCGAAAGCGCUGAGGCUCCUCAUUCAAAUUCGUUAGAGCCAACCCCGCCGCCCCGGGGCAUGCCGGGAAAGCGGGCUGUCUCCACAGCUGUCCCAGUCGCUCCCCCCCCCCCGCCCUCGCGCGACCCUGUUGCGCAUGCGGAAACUUCUACCUCCCUCUUCCCCGGCACAUGCGCAGAAUCGUCUGGCGCAACACUCUCCACUUCCUCGGUUCCAGUCCCCGCCGCAUCUUGCACUUGCGUGUGUGCCCGCGUUACCCUUGUACGGCAGUGGAGGUGGUCAGCUUUCGGACACAACUCCGGUGACACACUAGUAUUCUACCUUUGGGAUGAAACAAAUUAUGGCCUAUUUUAAGUGUUUCGUAAAAACAAAACAGUAACAGCUUUUAACUGAACUCCGAGCCACCGUGUGUGCCUUAGAGCCUUGUGUGGCUGCUCAGGAAUUUAAAACUGCACAACGGGUGUCGCGCUCUCGCUCUCAGCCAGCGCUUCGCAGAUCUGUCAGACCUAAGCCUCGAACCACUUCACGAGAAAGCAGAGGAGUGGAGCCUCCAGAGACCAGGACUGAGGACCACAAGGACACAUGCUGAACACAAGGCUGUCUCUACAGUGCCCAUUCACUGUAAACUAGAAGCGCCCUGGAUUACAUCACCCUGGACCUCUACAGUACCUAAACUGUUCCUCCUUGCCUCAUGAAGGAACGGAAGAGUUAGGACCCAGUGAGAGGCUUGCUGAGGCGUCAGAAUAAGGCUGUAAAGGUGGAACUCUGUUUUCUAUAACAGAUUUUCAAGUAAUCUGAAUGAGACAACAACCUUCUGGAGCUGUUUCCGUGUUGCUGAGGUUGGUGCCCUGAAAACAAUCUACUUCCGUGUUUCCAACUGCACUCCUUCCGGGCCAUCAGUGAAGAGUAAGGAGAGCCCAGAGAGGGAAGAGCCUGUAAGCAGGGCUUUGGUUACAGUCCCCCAACGAAGCACUGCAGCUGGCCUCUCUACAGGCCGGCAAGGCCGGCAGCACUGUUGGAACCUCCGCCUUGCAGCUCUCCAGUUGUCUUCCCUCCCUGUUCCCAGUGGCAAGAGUACAGCAGCUGCUAACACACUGCUCCAUUACUUCAGUAAGGAUUUCCUUUCGCGUCUUAUGUCUGCUUGACUAUAUGCUUCUUCCUCCAUCUCUACCCCAGGCAGGGCCUCCCCCUGGACGGCCUAGAACUCACUGCGGGCAGACUGGCCUCAGACUUGUAGGAUAGUGGAUCAUACCAGGAAAUUUGGUAAGGUGGAGUGGGGUCUGUUCCCCAGGCAUACACACCUGAGAUGGUAUGCAGCUCUGCUCCCUGCCAAAUCCCUGGCCUGCCAGACUUCCCACAUAAGAAAACAUGAGGCCUCAACAGUUCUCCAUGCUAAUGAGGUACCUAGAGGCCCUGCAAAAGGUGUCUGAUCCAUUUUCCAUGACGAACAACCAAUAAAGAGUUUGGAACCAA